UCAAUAAUUUGAAAUUGUCACUUAUGUCUUUUCAGACAUGGAAUGUGGACCUCCAAGAAUUAAUGAUAAACUAAUGAGGUUCUUUGAUCAUUGUGAAAAGUUUUUAACUGAAGUGGAAAGGAAUGAUACGGCUCUUUAUCAUGUAGAAGCCUUCAAAACUGGACCAGAAAUGCAGAACAUUUUAAAAAAAGUUGCAGCUACUUUGCAAGUGCCAGUCAACAAUUUAAAUGCAGACUUGAUUCAGGUAGCUUUUUUUACCUGUUCAUUUGACCUGGCAAUUAAAGGUGUUAAAUCGCCUUGGUGUGAUGUUUUUGACACAGAUGAUGCAAUGGUUUUAGAAUAUUUAAAUGAUCUGAAACAAUAUUGGAAAAGAGGAUAUGGGUAUACUAUUAAUAGUCGAUCCAGCUGCAUCCUGUUUCAAGAUAUCUUUCAGCACUUGGACAAAGCAGUUGAACAGAAAAAAAGGUCUCAGCCAAUUUCCUCUCCAGUCAUCCUUCAGUUUGGUCAUGCAGAGACUCUUCUUCCACUGCUUUCUCUCAUGGGGUACUUCAAAGACAAAGAGCCCCUCACAGCUUACAAUUACAAGGAACAAAUGCAUCGGAAGUUCCGAAGUGGUCACAUUGUACCUUAUGCCUCAAACCUGAUAUUUGUGCUUUACCAUUGUAAAAAUGCUAAGACUGCUAAAGAAGAAUUCCGAGUGCAGUUGUUAUUGAAUGAAAAGGUGUUACCAUUGGCUAACUCGCAAGAAACUGCUUCUUUGUAUGAUGAUCUGAAGAACCAUUACAAGGACAUCCUUCAGAGUUGUCAUACCAGUGAAGAAUGUCAAUUACCAAAGGUGAACAACACAUCUGAUGAGCUAUGAGUAACUGGAGAACAUUUUUAAUUCAUCAGGAAUCGAUAGGACGUGAUUACGUGCGUGGAGUAUGUGGGCAGUCCCUGGUUACAGAAAGCUUUCACAUUACUUGGGUAUUUCUGUCUUCAUAGAAAAACAAUGAGUUUCUUUUUUAGUCUGGACAUGAACGUGUAAGCAACAAUUCUUCACUGGAGCAGCUCUCUUAAGGGGAAAAAUAUCUAUUCAAAGAAAUAGUUGGCACUGCAAAUGUUUACAGAAGUUAAACUCUUCCUUUUUAUAUAAGAAAUCUCACACUGAGAAUAUGUUUUCCAAAUAUAGCUUGAAAAUGCUGGAGUAACAAAGUAUGUCAGUUGGAUGAUCCAUAACUUGAUUGAACCAAGUCUAGGAACUUUACCAGUUGUGCUGCAAUUCUCUCUUUUUUUUUCCUCAAGUAGCACAGUUCUAGUAUUAUCUUUCUUAAUCAGAAAUAUUGUGAUACAUUGGGAAUAUCAUUUUGGAAGAAAGCUAAGAUCUCUGAGAAUUUGAAACAAUAUCAAGCAGUCUGAUGUAAGAGGACACUUUCACUGAAGACAAAAAAUAAAAUAAAUGUUUUUGUUAAUAGUA